CAAUAACCGGACUGGACUAGCCACUCCUCCGUUAGCAUACGGAUGCAGGCUAUGGUAGCUAACAGUUAGCUAGCAUUUUCGUAAUUUGGAAAGAUGGCCGGGGACCUGCGAGGCUUCGCGCUGGAAAAAGCCGAAAUGCUCUCCGGCCGUUUGAAGGAGCUCCUGUCGUCGGGACAAGGCUACCUCCAGGCUCAGCUCGGGGUGGACCUGGGUCUGAAGCCCGAGCUGUACCCGACGUGGGUCGUCCUGUCCACGGCCGCGGCGGGUCUGCUGCUGCUGCUAGCGCUGUCCUGGGCCGCCGUCUGUGGCCGUGCGCUCGCCGGGAAGAAGCGAGGAGCCCCGGUGAGCCAGGGCGAGCCCGUCAAGGCCAGUGUGCCCAAAGCCGCGAAGCCAGAAGAACCGAAGAGGAGGAACAGAAAGAAACCGGGGGAGAGGGCUCAGCAGGCGGCGGUAACAAGCUGUCGAGUCACGGAGACUCAGUCUAAUGGGCAGCCAGUGACUGUAGCUGAAGUUAAAGUGACUAAGGUGGUUCCAAAGCAGUUGCUGAAGAUCAAGACAGAGAAGGUCCAUGAGGUGCAGGCCCCUGUGCAGGUGAAAAAGAACAAGAAGAAACUGAAGACGGAAGUGAGACCAGCUCAGCAUGUUUCUACAAAUGAAUCAAAGGAACCAGAUGAUGGUGCAUGGGAGACCAAAGUCAGUAACCGUGAGAAGAGGCAGCAGCGCAGGAAGGACAAGGGCCCUGAGGACUCCGGGAGCUCAGGGGGUGUGGAUGCCCCCAAAACCCAUGUGACAUCAACCGUAGCCACAGCCUCCACCAACACCAAGAAGCACAGAGGAAACCAUGAAUCACUACCUGCAAGAACCACUGGAAAGGUGGAUACAGCCAGUGGGCCUGGUAAAGUGUCCUCCAGCUGGCGAGAGGAGCCUUCAGUUAACGGUGUAGGAUGGACCGACAGUUCUCUGAAGAUUCAGGGUCAGAUGGGUGCCAUGGAUGGAACCAAGUGGAGGAACGUGCCCACUGCUCCGCAUUACAGGGGCCCAGCUGAGCCCCAGCGCUGGACACAGGAAGCGCAAGCAGCAUGGAGUGGCAUUGAUGGUCGGAUAAAGACUGACCUCAACCCAGUGUCCUUCUCCAUGCGGAGACUCAACACCUCAGCCCCAAUAUCCAAUUCAAUUGAGCUGCAGUGGGCGAGCAACCAACACGUUGAUGACGAAUGGUCUGGUUUCAAUGGAGCAGCAGCAGCGGACUCCACCUCUGACUGGAAUGCCCCAGCAGAGCACUGGGGAAACUAUGAAGAGCCUCCUGUGUUGGUGACUCCAUCCGCUCCACUGAAGGAACAGCCUGCCCCCAACAAGAUAUCCGAGGAUGAGAAGGAUGCAGAGGAUCCCUCUGGGGGAGCAGCAAAGUCCAAGAAGAAAAAGAAGAAGAAGAAGAAAGCCGAAGAGGAGGCUGCAUCUGAGGCUCAGGUGGUGAGCCCAGCACCCCUGGUCAACGCAGCGCCCAAACCCCAAGAGCUUCCUGUGACCGCCUCCAAAAAGCAGAAUCCCAGCAUAUCCUCCUCUCAGAAGAUUCCCGAGCAAAUCGCAGAGCCUCCGAAACCUUCGCAGAAGAAAAAAGUCAGAAGAGAAACAUGAAGUCACAUCACAGGUUCAAACAAAACAUAUGCAAACGAUUGUUAUUGAAUAUGUCACAUGCAAUAAUUUCUAGGUACAGAAUUUGUUUCUGAGCUACAUUAACAGUUUACCAGUUACCUGAACAAAAAAGAAAAUAAACAGUAGAUAUCACCUGCUUGGGUAAAUGUAGUGAUGAAAUCUGGUCCUGUGGACUGAAAUCUUAACUAAUUUGCACUAUUUGCUACACUGCAGCCAGAGUGGAGUUUCAGGACACCGCAGUGUAGGUACAUGUUUGUGUAGGUUUUUUUUAAAGGCAUCAAAGGUGUUUAUCAUUGUUAAUCCAAAAAGAAACAUGUUUUUUCUUUUAAUUAUUAUUUUAAAGAGAACCAUCAAUUUUUAUUCCCCAUUAUGUUGCACUUUGUUUUUGUUUUUCAUGUUGCAGCCCGUAUAUCAAAUUACUGAAAUGUAUACUUCAGUCUCAGAUCCGUCUUAAAUAGUUGGUUGUGAGUUUUCUGAGGUUUAUUGUGAUACAAAGUUUACAAGCUUGUACAUAUUUUGACAGUUCUCGGUCACUGUAAUCAUCCCUCCUCUUCAUUCUGGCCAGGAUGUAACACCAUCACUGAGCAACUAUGAGACACGGUCCUCUUUACUGUACAAAAAUGCAUUUUUCCAUUGACCCAAAGCUAAUAUGAGCUUUCAGCAAAGUUACUAUGAGCCAAAUUGAUGUAUUUUCCUUGCUGAGCUUUGGCAGAGGGAUUCUUCCUGGUUGUUGUAGGAUUGUUGUCAGGACAACAUACAGGUAAAAAACCUUCAUGUGAUCAUGUGGUUGUUCAUGUGAUCACUGCUGGGGGCUUCCUAUCAGUUUUGGCUGAACCUAACAGCGCUUAGACUAUUAACUUGUUGGCUCUCAAAUAUAUUGUGACACAACUUGUAUGAAGAAGUCAUUUUCUCAGCCAUCCUCAACACUUCUAAUGUACACAUGAUGUAGAAAGAUUUAGAAUACAUCCAAACUUGACCUUUAAAUUCAUUUUCAUGGAUAUCUAUUGUUUUAGUAGAAAUUAUCGCCUGUUGACUGUUAAGUUUGUAAAAGCUCCUUCAUGAAGAAUGGCAACUGUGGACCGGUUGAAAAACUAUCUUGGCCACAGAAAACUCUACACAAUCACUUCUAAACGAUAAUAAUUGGAUUCAAACACUUACAGUUUUGCCAAACUGUGAUAAAAUACACUUCUGUCUUUUUAGGGAUAGCAAAGCACCGGUUGUGUAUUUAGCCAUAUUUUGGUGAAACUGUGAUAACAAAUCCGAACAAACUGACAGCUGAAAAAGUACAAAUCCAUCAGUCACACAUCAGAUCACUGAUUCUGGAUUGACACUGGGUCUCUAGGAGUCAGGAGCACAGUUACUGACGUGAACCACUAGGAGGCACAGUAACCUAAUGUUCAGGAGUAAUGGGACGAUCCCCGAAGGCAGUAGCAGAGUAUUGUCCCUUUACUUUUACCAUACUGAGCUUGUCCGUCUGGAUCUGACGAGACUGUGCGUUGAUUUUUCUAGAGAUCUAAUGCUCAUUCCUGCAUUCUGUCUGUCUGUCCGUCUCUCUCUCUCUCUCUCUCUCUCUCUCUCUCUCUCUCUUCUAGUUUUCUAGAGAUAUAAUCUUCCGGUUUUUCGUGCUAGAAAAAGCCAUGCCAUAUGUACAGAUUGUAAGGGCUUUUUCCAGUUCUGUGAUUGCACUGUGCAAAAGGCUGCAUUGAUUUCCUUUUGAUGUCAAGGAAUUGUUUGGUUUUUGUUUUUUUUUACUACCUUUUUCUGUGGAAUGUGAAACUUGUAACUUUUUUGGCUUUGACAGGGGUAAAAUGUUUCUUGAUGUAAAUUGAGAAUGAAAACUUACAUGGAGAUAUGAUAUGGAGCAGCUUUAAUUCCACAUGGAAGUUGGAUAUAGGCAACACACACAUACAAACACACACACACACACACACACACACGUAUACAAAAGGAAUUUUCUGUAAUUCCAUUGCCUUAAUCUGUAGAUGUAUAACAUUUGCGUCCAUUUUUUUAUAGUUUUCAUCUAAUUGCAAGUUUUGAUGUCAGGAGUAAUUUCAUCAUGCAUGACUUUGAUAAUAGUACUUCUCUACAUGAAAUUCAAUGAAUGAUCUCUUGCUUUAACUAUUGAUACUUGCUCCUGAGAUAGCUUACCACUCAAUGUAUAUACUGUAAUAGCUUUCUCAAAGGAGACAAAUUGCAGCUUUUCUGUGGCAGUCUGUUGUUGGUAGGGAGAGCGCCUCAGCUGGCCAUGGUACAUAAUUGUUUGUAGACCUGAUAGAAUAAAAUGAUUUGUUGGUGUGGCUUCAGGCAUUUCUUUUUUGAUCGAUUUUUACAGAUUAUUAAAAUGAUCCAAUCAAUGUA